GUGUGCGCGGGCGCGUGUGUGAGACGGUCUGCUUCGGUUGCAUAGCUACUGCUGCAGCUCUCGGCAGAAGCGCGCGCUACGUGCUACAUGGCUCCAUCAGCCGCGCGUGCGAUCGCGACAUUGUCGUGAAGAAGAAGAAGAAGAAGAAGAAGAAGAAGAAGAAGAAGAAGAAGAAGAAGAAGAAGAAGACGAGCGCCUAGUAACGGCGCUGGACAACCGAGCGACCCGAUGAAGAGCCGCCCGUUACACACGCGCUGCUAAGCGGAAAGAAAUUCUAUCCGCGAUGUCCAAGAGCUUGAAGAAGAAAAACCACUGGACGAACAAAGUCCACGAAGCGGCGCUCACCCGUAACAAGGAGGGCGAGCUGGGCUUCGAGCUGCGCGGCGGCGCUGAGAACGGUCACUUCCCCUACUUCGGAGAGCUGAAGCACGGAAAGGUGGCCAUCCAGAGCGGUAAGCUGUGCGCCGACGAGCUGCUGCUGGAGGUCAACGACACGCCGGUGGCCGGACUCACCACCCGGGACGUACUGGCCGUCAUCAAGCACUGCAAAGACCCGUUUCGCCUGAAGUGUGUGAAACAAGGACAUGAUAUUCUGGUGCACUAUGGCUGCUGUGCCAACAUCAAGCCGUUCACCGAGUCGAGUACUCAGGAAAGCAUAUAUGAAGUGGCUGGAGGUGUCAUAGAUAAAGACCUUCGCCAUUACCUGAACCUCCGAUUCCAGAAGGGAUCCGUGGACCACGAACUCCAGCAGAUCAUACGGGAUAACCUCUACCUCCGCACUGUGCCCUGCACCACACGACAACCCAAAGAAGGAGAGGUGCCAGGCGUGGACUACAACUUUGUGAGUGUCGACCGGUUUAUGGAAUUAGAGAAAAGUGGAGCUUUACUCGAGAGUGGAACAUAUGAAGAUAACUUCUAUGGCACGCCCAAGCCCCCGGCAGAGCCCACGCACAUGCUGUUUAAUGUGACUGACCAGCUGCUGCCAGGUGCUCGCCCCAGCGCUGAGGGGAAGAGGAAGAGGAACAAGUCAGUCAGCAACAUGGAGAAGGACAGCAUCGAGCCUCCUGAGGAAGAGGAGGAGGAGAGUCCUGUCGUUAACGGCAACGGCAUUGCUAUCACACCAGAAUCAAGCGAGCACGAAGACAAGAGCACCGACGCAUCAGGCGACGUGCCUCCACAGUCAUGCCCCGCCGAGACGCCCACCCUGACGGGCACAGACGCCCCUGAAGAGGAACACGAUGCCCCCAAAUCCCCGGCCGACUCGCAGAGCAACGACGACCUUGGGCCGCUCCCCGAUAACUGGGAGAUGGCCUACACCGAGAAAGGAGAAGUCUACUUCAUCGAUCACAACACCAAAACAACAUCAUGGCUCGAUCCUCGAUUAGCCAAGAAAGCCAAACCUCCAGAGGAAUGUGAAGACGACGAGCUGCCGUACGGCUGGGAGAAAAUCGACGACCCUAUAUAUGGCAGUUACUACGUGGACCACAUUAACAGGAGGACACAGUUCGAGAACCCCGUCCUGGAGGCCAAAAGAAGAAUCCAACAGCAGCAGCAAAUGCAGAGCCAAGGCUUGUCAUCCCUGCCGCUGCCCACCAUCUACAGAGAAAAGCCUCCGUUCACGCGAGAUGCCACCCAACUGAAAGGCACGUUUCUGUCCACGGCACUGCAGAAGAGCAACAUGGGCUUCGGAUUCACCAUCAUCGGCGGAGACGAACCGGACGAGUUCCUGCAGGUGAAGAGUGUCAUUCCGGACGGCCCGGCGGCGCAGGACAGCAAGAUGGCCACCGGCGAUGUAAUCGUCUACAUCAACGACAUCUGUGUCUUGGGCACCACCCAUGCAGACGUGGUCAAGCUCUUUCAGUCGGUGCCCAUCGGUCAGAGCGUGACCCUGGUGCUGUGCCGUGGCUACCCGCUGCCCUACGACCCCGAGGAGCCGUCAGCCAGCUCGACGGUGCCCCCUCUGGGCCUGGUUGAUCCCUCGCUCCUGCUCAACGGACGCAGCACCUACGACAACUACAUGGAGUACAUGUCCCUGACAGGGCGCCUGCUUCCUGAUCACGGAGACGCUCUGUCCCAGGUGUCCCAUCCCGGAGACACACACCUGGACGGAUCACAGCCACCGUCCCUCAACACACCGGGGCCUCUGCACGAGGACGCCAUCUCCAUGGCGUCGUCGACUGGGGCAACAGCCGGAGCUCAAGCAGCACCAGAGAUUCUGAGCCUCACAAUGACCAAAGGAACCGAGGGUUUCGGGUUCACCAUCGCAGACAGUCCGACGGGCCAGCGGGUCAAACAGGUGCAACAUAAUGUGCUGGAGCCGCAGGGCUGUCCGGGCUUGAGUGAAGGGGAUCUGAUAGUGGAGAUUAACCAGCAGGGGCUGCAGGGCCUCAACCACUCACAGGUGGUGCAGAUCCUGAAGGACUGUGCAGUGGGGACCGAAGCCACCCUCAUUAUCCAGAGAGGAGCAGGACACUUCUCUUCCUGGGACGGUGCCAAACAGUGGGACCCCCAGGGAAGCCCCCAGACUGGCCUCUCAGCCCCUGGCCUUCCCCACACCUCUGCUCAUGUGGGCCAGCCGCUCCACUGCACCUCUGCCCCUGACCCGGAUGGAGCUCACCUCAGCAAACCCGACCCCUACGACCUCUACGAGAAAUCUCGAGCUUUAUAUGAGAGCAGACAGCCGGGCCCACUGCGUACGCUCGCUGACUCUACAGGUGUGGAGUACCAGGAGGUAGAAGUUCACCUGCUGAGAGAGAAGACAGGCUUCGGGUUCCGCAUCCUCGGAGGAGACGAGGCGGUGCAGGCUGUGAGUCCGGAGGCUCGUGACAAGAUCGUAAUUGGAGCGAUUAUCGAGAACAGCCCUGCGGAGCGGGACGGCCGUCUGCGCCCGGGUGAUGAGCUGGUGUCAGUGGACAGGAUGCCGGUGGCUGGUCGACCGCACAGCUACGUCAUCGACCUUAUGCAUGCCGCGGCUCGCAACGGCCAAGUGACGCUUACUGUGAGACGCAGAGUGAUGCCUCAUCCCGGCCAGCCCUGUGGAGAAAACGGAUCAGCAGCCAAUCAGAGCAGCUCUCCUCGAGGUCGAGCCGUGUGUCCAGUCAACCUGCCGCCCACCACCGAUGUAGUCAUCCACCGCAAAGAAACCGAAGGCUUCGGCUUUGUCAUCAUCAGCUCUCUGAACAGACCGGAGAACACCACCACAAUCUCCGUACCACACAAAAUCGGCCGCAUAAUCGAGGGCAGUCCGGCUGACCGCUGUGGGAAGCUGAAGGUUGGCGACCGCAUCAUGGCUGUCAACAAUCAGUCGAUUAUCAACAUGCCUCAUGCUGACAUUGUGAAGCUGAUCAAAGACGCAGGACUCACUGUUACUCUGCACAUCAUCCCCGAGGAAGAUGUAAAUGGCCCCCACUCUGGCCCUACCUCAGAGAAACAGAGCCCCCUGGUGGUUCAGAAGCAGAGCCCCUCGACCUCUGCAACUCAGCCGAGUCCCAUCUUGGCCAACCCAAGUCCCCCGGCCCCCCACCCGAGCCCUGCCACCACGCAAUCCAGCCCACAGCGAAUGGAGCAAAGUCCUGCAGGAACACAAAGCACCACGCCCAUCACUCAAGCCAACCAGCCCACAUGUCAGCCAGGCCUCGAGAUGGCACACACAUGCCCGAUGAUGAGUCAGGCAGGACUGGCAGGGGAUCAGAGUGUACCGACUGUCCAGGGCGUCCCGGUUGUUUCAGGCGUCCCUGUGGUUCAAGGAAUCUCGGUCAUCCCAGGGGUCCCAGCUGUUCAACUAACCACCAUCGGUGGGGUGCCGGUCGCAGUGCCACCUCAGCUCUACCUUCAUGACAGCAGGUCGGAGGUAAAAGCCAGACAGGAUGUUAAACCAGAUAUCUGCCAGCCACCGUACACAGAUUACAGACAGCCUCCUGUGGACUACAGACAUCCUCCUGUAGCAGACUACAGACAGCCUCCGACUCUGGACUACAGACACCCUCCACCUCUCAUCGACUACAGACAGCAUUCAAUCCCAGAUUAUAGGCCACAGGACUACGACUAUUUCACAGUGGAGCUGGAGAAGAGUGUGAAGGGCUUCGGUUUCAGCAUUAGAGGAGGAAGGGAGUACAAGAUGGACCUGUUUGUGCUCCGUCUGGCUGAGGACGGCCCUGCUAUCCGCAACGGGAGGAUGAGGGUGGGCGAUCAGAUUAUUGAGAUAAAUGGUGAGAGCACACGGGACAUGAGUCACGCCCGGGCUAUUGAGCUUAUCAAGGCAGGCGGCCGACGAGUACGUCUGCUGCUCAAACGGGGCACGGGGCAGGUGCCUGAAUAUGGAAUGGUAUCUUCCAACCUUUCCAUGUGCAUGAAAAGCGACACUCUCGCCUCUCCAUAUUUCUUCAUAAUGGGACACUCUAAAGACACGUAGACGGUGCCACCUCCUGGAGUUCUGACCCUCCAGCCCCAGCUGCCUUGCCGGAAGUAGCGUGGCCCCGUUAAUCGACUUGUGUCCUUUGUCAUUGCCCAUCAUCUCACCCAGCCCUGUCCCCGGACUCGCUCCGCCCACUCUCUCUCUCUAUCUCUCUCUCUCUCUCUCUCUCUCUCUCUCUCUCACACAGGCAUUGCAUGAUGGGCCUGGACCAGACAUGGUGCUCACUGGAGGCCAGCUUAGCUCGGUGCCACCAGCAUUACAGAGUUGCACAGAGAGGUGGGGUGGCAGGUCCAUCCAGAAGAGCUGUGAACAGAAAGGAAAGUCCUGAGAAAAGAUGUGUGUCUGGUAUGAAGUGAGUGGAUGAAUGCCAGCCAUGGAUUGUCUGAUCCAGGAUUUUUUAUGAUAAUAAUAAAAACAUGGAGGGGCCACCAGGCCAGACGUAACUCCCCCGGCUUACACGGGCGCUCCGCAGUUUGACUCUGGAUCCAAGGACGUCUGAGAAGACCGGACCAGAACUGUUCAAUUCUGGUCUUCCUACCUAUUGGAUUCUCUCUCAUUGUGCUCCACUCACCAUCUUCAAUCCCGUUCACGUUCUUGGUUGAUCAUGUACGAGGGUUUGUUUGUAUUAUUUUGAGUUGCUUAUAUUACAGGCCUCUUAAAUUCAUGAGGCAACCAGUGAAGUUAUUCUGAACAAAUAUCUAUGUGUAGCAUGAAAGGUACCACAGCCACCAGAAAUCCAUGAAGGACUCAAAUAUAUCAGCAGUAAUGUGUUUCAUUAUUUGUCAGUGUUAGUCCAGCGUAGACCUUUCCAUGUGCACUGAUGUGAUAAAAUGAGGUGAAGAUCAUUUCAUCACCUUGCAUUCUUCUGCUGAGAAAACAUAUUUCAGAUAAGAAAAGCUGUCAACUCAAAUUAUUUUGUUUGAAAUGAGCAUAAACAAAGGGGAAAAAAAACAGCAUCGUAAAUAAACAUAUCAGUCAGCGACACAAUCAUGAAGACUCGUACCUCCAGCCACCUGUAAUACAGUUUUCAUAUUGCUAAUACAUUAUUAUAAUAAUAUGAAAUGCACUCCAUUUAUGCUAAUAAGACAGUUUUUUUUAAACUGUGGACUUCCGAGCCAAACCUGCGUACCACGCUUGUGCAGGAUUUCACAAAAGACUCAGUGUGUCAUUCCAGCCUCAUUGCCCCUGUACUGUGCUUCAUGAACCACACCACUGUGGGGCCGGGGCCCCGUCCUGAUCCUUAUAAUCAGCCCUCUCUCGCCUCCUUUUGCCUCAAGGCCAUUAAGCUAAAGGGACCUUAGUAGGUAGAAGCUAUGUGGUUGGAUUACAUCCAGAAAAUGGCAAAGCAAGGGGGGAUUGAACUGUGCUAUCUGAGACUAGGGGAGUUUAAGUCAAUUGAAAGUGUUUGCUCAUGUGGAGGAAGGUGUGAGCCUGCGAGAUUUAGGGAAAUAGCGGAGUGUGUCUAGUGUGAAGAGAGACCCAGUUGUAUGGGACAGAGUGCCUUACUGGCAGGAAUGGAUACAGCAUGAAAUGCGUUUUCCAAGACAACUCAUAGUCCUUGCGUGGACUGUAUUGGAGAUUUUGCAUUUUUUUUUAACAUUCAAACUUGCAGCUGUCAGAGUUGUUGGGAACGUCUGUGAAAAUAUCAAAUGUCAAUCUGCGUGUGCUUGGUACUACAGGAAAAGUGCUACGGCUUCGACCGAUCGGUCAAUUCAACAUUUCUGUUCUUUAUUUCUUUCACACCAUAAUGAUGUUUUGUUUUUUUUUCCAAAGCACUUUUUGUUGAAGCAUGAGACAAAUUAGCGCCAUGACAUACUACCAGGCAAGAGAGUCGGUCAAGACAUUUCCAUCUGUAACGCAAAGCCUUGGUAAUAAAAGAGGUUCAAGGUUAAUUAGAAGUCAUAACAAACCAAAAACUUUUGUGAGAAUUAAGAGCAAGAAAUGACAAAUCUUCCCAUAAUGAGAAAAAAAAUUGAAAUUUGUUUUGCUGAAACUCGUUUGUAAUGGAAGUCCAAGGGAACAAACUGAAUUCUCUCAGUAACUUUGUGAAGUAUGUGACUGUGCAUAAGGUAGUGUUCUUGCUUAUCCAGUUUCCUUCCAUCUUCCAAAAAAAAAAACAUCCCUGUAGGUGGAUUAGAACAAGUGUGUGCAUUCCAGGCUUCACGUGACUCUGAGGAUGCAUUUCUUAGGUCUCACCCUGUCUGUCGCUAGCUGGUUUAAGAUAGAAGAGAUCCGGCUGGUGCGAGAAAACUGGCCAAGACGAAUAUAUCCAGAAUAUUUUUCAGUGCAGGAAAAGUGUCCAAAUCCGUACCUGUGGUGCUCGCAUACUACAGAUUUAGUAGAUAGAGAUUAAGUUGGAAAAUGUUAAUAGUAUGCUUAAUAUGCUUUAAAAAGUUGUGUCACAAUGGUACUGGCCACAUUACAUCUACUUUGCUUACUUUGCUUGAGGAACGCUAGAGUCUCCCAGCUGGCCUUACUGGAUCGCUUGCAGUAUAGCUUGGGAAGCUAAUUCUACAUUUCUAACUCACCCUGUAUUUGUUUGACUGGUGUCUGCCUGAAGUAGUAACAUUCAGCCUAAGAACAUCUUUUAGUUUUAAAAGCAAGCAUGAUUGAUUGGAUCAUUUCAUUAUGUGUGAGAGUGGAAGCUACAUUCUGGAGUACUUUAAGGAGUAAUUUGUGCCAUAAAAACUUUCUGGAAGACAAAUUUCUCUCUGGUUUGCCUUCAUGUGCAGUAUGUUCAGAUAAAACUACAGCAGGCCUCUGCUGCUUUGCAGCCCACACACAGCCUGAUAACUGUGCCAACACAAGACGAUACACGAGUACACAGAAUGUAACUAAUAAAUGCCAAGCAGUGAGGAAACAUUUUUAUCUGAGAAGCUGCAUUCUAUUUAGUCACAUAUCAGAGACCUAAAUCUUGGGGGAAAUGUGAGAGAGAAAAAAACAACAACAACAAUGUGCCACAGAGAAAAUGCCCUGAAGGUGUUCAAAGGCCCUGAGAGUUUUGUACCUGAAACAUGCAUUUGUACCAGUUACUGAUUCACCGAGUGGUUGAAGUGUGUUAGAUUUAAUUGCUGUUUACAUGUGGAGAUGUAGGAAGAGAAAGACAGAGCAUCUAUUGCACAGCUCAAGCUUUUCCUGAUGAAGCUGUAUCCUGCCUGCUGUGGGAAAAAAAGAAAAAAAAGAAAAAAACAUUUUAUAUUACUGAGGAAAAUAUUGAAUCUGUGAAAGAUGGCACAUUCAAGGGGCCCAUUUCAGAUCGAUAUUACUGUGUAGUGUUAGAUGUGUAUUUACCUUGUACAGCUGUACUCCUAUAAAUAUGGUUUAAUGUAUUAUUGAUAGUUUCAAAGACUUAAGUGAUCAAAUAUUUUUAUGAAAUGCAACAGUGCGGAUAUAUUAAAUUUUGCUAAACUCUUGUUUACCUGUAUGAUAUUCUGAAAUACUGUCAAAUAAACUCUUGACAUGGUGUAAAGUAUUCAUUUUAUAGUAAUCAUUAAACUCAUCUCCGUUUCUA